CUUGACUGUUACUGAAUUUUCAGAAGGUCUCCACAUUUCUGAGGUGGUUAUAGCAUUAACAAUCAAGAACUGGGCAUUAUUUUGAUUUCUGGAGUCCGCAACUAAAGCCGAUGCUCUGCUAAGUUUGACUGCUAUACUCUCAACAGAAACAUUAAUCUGCAGUGAUGCAUCCUCUGUAGUUUAUGUUUAGUGAAAACAGCCAUGCCAACUGAAUCAGUCACUGAAACGACAGCUCUGCAGUUUCCCACACUGCCUGUGGAGAGUUCUGAUGGACUGAAACGUCAACACCUUGAAGACAUACUAACUGGCAAGGGUCCACAAUAUGACAGCUCUAAGGCCCCAGCUGUUUCCCAGGCUUGCUUGGAAGUAAACGUGGCCUUGAUGCUUAUGGUUUUUGCUGGAUUUCUCAUCUUGGUUCUGCUUUACUGUGUUCUUCUCCUGCGAUACAAACUGCGUUUAGCUCAGGCAGGAAAUGCUUUGGAGUACUUCAGCUUCUACCACAUGGCAAACUACAACCUGAAACAUCUACAUGAAUCCUCAGGUUUGCCUUCAAUGAACAUCCAUCCCCCUGUGGAGGUGCCUUCUUUUUCUACACCUCCAGCUGUGGUUCCAAUUCACGCGGUCUGCCCUCCACGCCUCCCUCCACCACUUCCACUUUCAUCUCGACCACCCUCGAUUGUGCCUCUGCCGCCCCCCAUCAUCUACACUACUCCGCCCAGCCCUAAGUCUGACGCAGAGGUAUAUUCCCGCAUAGGUACUGUGCUGCCCCACAGGCACUCGAGCGUGAGUCAGACACAGGUGGUUCUCUUUGAACACUCAUCCCUGUGACCCAUUGGGGAAGAACUCUGUCCUCUGUCUCAUCCAUCAAGCUUUUGCUAAGAGACUGCCUUUCAAAGUCUAGUGAUUCAGGUAGCUUUUAUGUUAUAGAUUUACUUGUUUGUUUGUUUCUUACUUUCUUUGUUUAGAAACUUGCAUCCUUAGAUGUAACCUGUGGUACUACUACAUCUCAUCCAUCUCAGCAUUGACAUGACUAUGUGUUGCAGCUUUUCUGACCAUUGAUAGUAAUAUUUCAGAUUUAUUUGCUACUUUAGAUUGACACUGAACCAUGAAGGUUCUCAUAGACAGGUGAAGCUUAUAAUCUCCAUGGCACAAAUAUUAUGCCUUAAUAUCAUCACAUACCAUCUUGAACAGUGCUAAGACAUAACUGUUCAUUAGGAAACAGAAAGUUAAUAAUUUUUCUGUUUUGGCACAUCCAAUAACGUUUUACUCCUCUUUUAACACAGAAAUUUACCAACAACUGUAUUUUUGUAUUCAUGAACUUAUGCUAUAGCAGCCCAGUGUAGUUGUUUUACCAACCUAUCAUUUUCUUUACACUGCUUGGGCAAAAAAAAAAUGUUGUUUCUUUUACUCUUACCUAUCUUUGACUAUGUUGCACAAUGUGAUUUCCAAUUCACCAUUCCUCAUGUUCCCUGAAACUCUUAUUUACAAUUUGAGUCCUGGAAUGUGCCCAUGAUACCAGGAAAGAGAAACUUCAUUGAUGUGACACUCUGGUCAUUCAGUACAUUAAGGCUCUCACUCUGGAACAGAGUAAAUAUGAAACUCAUCCUAUCAUGUGACCUUUUUCCAUCUUUUCAGUCCAUUCCUUAUGCUCACUAGCAAAUUGAACAAAUGUUUUUUCUUCAUGGCCACACACCUGUUAGGUCCCAAUCUUGUGAGGUCUCAUCACAUUAUACAUAUAAAAAUGCCCUUGCUUUCAUAUUAAACAACUUUACUAAGCGUUUAUAUAAUCUCUAUUCAUAUUUUUUUUUUCAUUCGACCACAUUUCUUUAAAUAUUUGGCACAUUGAUGAUUCAGCAAUUUUCUUUCAGGUUUUAAUAAUAUGUCUGUCAGUUCUUUACCCAGGAGCUUUUCUUUGCUUGAUGCAAGCCAAUAAUUAGAUUUUUGUGGAACAGCAACUUUUUUUAGCCAGGUAGUGUAAUUAAUAAGAAUUUAACAUCCCAGAAACUUUUAGGAGGUUUAUGGGGCUGACACUGCAUACUCCUUAUGGAAAUUUUAAAGAAAAAUCUCUUUACAGAAAGCUUUUUCAUUAAGUCUUCGCUGCUGAUAUGCAAUCACAUAAG